CGACCACGACUCCAAACUUCGCCUCUCGGAUAAACUCUUGAAGUUGAGGCUUGUUAUGCAGUCAGUGCAAAACGGAGGUCUCUCUCUGUCCGUGUCCUCUCCUCUGUCCGUGUCUCUCUGCCGGACUCCUCAUCUCUCUCGCUCUCUUCGCUCCAGCGCGACUCUCUCUCUUUACCUCUGCUCUGCUUCACGUCGCAGUUGGCAGUGGAUGUUGCUGGGGGGAAGAGGGGGGUGGGGGGGAGGGUAAAAGUUUGUGUUUCUGUGGCUUGGAGAACUUCUGGCCUUCAAGCGCCCCCCCCCCCCCCCCGAUAAUGUCUACAGCUCUCCUCGCGGGACUCUUUGACGUGGGCGAUUGUGUCUAUAAGAGUAACUCCAGCAGAGGCCUGAGCAUGGGGAUCCUGGACAAGCGAUCUCAGCCGGCGAGCGCUGCGCCCACGGGCAACUUCAUCUUCUCCGAUCGACGCCACCGCUCCCCAAAGUUCCAAGAAUUCUGCUUCAAAGCGGAACCAACUUUGCAGCAGCAUAAUCAACAGCAGCAGCAGCAUAAUCAACAACAGCAGCAGCAGCAUAAUCAACAACAGCAGCAGCAUAAUCAACAGCAGCAGCAGCAUAAUCAACAGCAGCAGCAGCAGCCGCCGCACAUCUUCUCGAAGGAGGGCAAAUUCCGCGACAGAUCGUACAGCGAGGGCGGGGAGCGGCCCCCACUUCACCGGGUCGCCAGUGCCGGCAGCGCCACCGCCGUUCCGUGCGGUGGCCUCGGCGGCAUCGGCGGUCAGAGCAACAGCUCGAGCCGCUACAAGACGGAGCUGUGCCGCCCCUUCGAGGAGAGCGGCGCCUGCAAGUACGGCGACAAGUGCCAGUUCGCGCACGGAGCCUACGAGCUGCGCACGCUCGUGCGCCACCCCAAGUACAAGACCGAACUCUGCCGCACCUUCCACACCAUCGGCUUCUGCCCCUACGGCCCGCGCUGCCACUUUAUCCACAACGCCGAGGAGAAGAGGUCCGCCCACUGCGGCCGCGGCGGCGGCGGCGGCGGUGGUGGAGACCGCCCGAGGCUCCAGCACAGUUUGAGCUUCUCCGGCUUCUCCACGCCCGCGAUGCUCGGCUUGGACUCGCCGCCGCGUCUCCACAGCCCCCUGUCGCUCACCCCGCCGCCCCCGGGCCUCUACGCGGAGAUCGACGCGGCCCUCCUGGCGCCCGUCAGCUCCGCCGCCGCAGCCGCCGCCUCCUCGUCCUCCUCCUCCUCCGCCUCCUCGGCGUCGUCGUCGACGCCACCGCCCUCGUCGUCCUCCUCGUCGGGCUACUCCGCGGGGGGCUACGCCAACAACGCGUUCACCUUCUCUCACCAAGAGCUGGCCAACAUGUUCGCACCCUUUGCCAUUCCACGUCCAAUCCAGCAGCAGCAGCAGCAUCAGCAACAGUUGCAGCAGCAGCAGCAGCAGUUGUUGCAGCAUCAGUUGCAGCAGAAUCAUCAACAGCAAGCUCCGGUAGGGGGCGCCUCUCCGCCGACUUGCCAGGCGCCCUGCGAGCAAAGGCGCCCCGCGGGCUGCGCGCCGUCCCCCGUGUCGGAGCCGCCUCCGAGCCCCCAGGGUUCCUCCUUCUCGGACCACGACAGCUGCGCGAGCAGCAGCUCCUCCAUGAGCUCCUCGGGCAGCCUCAGUGGCUCCGAGUCACCCGUCAUGGACCCCAAUCGGAGGCUGCCCAUAUUCAGCCGCCUCUCCAUCACCGACGACUGAGGGCCGCCGCGGAGAAGGGGAGGUGUGCCGUUUGUUGCUGGCCGCUCGGCGGGUUUUUUUGUUUGGGAGGGGGGGGCGGUAGGUGGAGUGGGUGGGAUUGUCUUUGGGGGCUUGGGGCUGUGCUCAGCAAUCGUGAUGGAAAUAAUCCGAACCCCCCCCCCCCCGCCGUGACUUCCCCUCACCUCCUCCCCCCUCUCACCUCAUAGCACCCCCCCCCCGACAACAAGCCCCCCCAAACCACCCACCGCCCAUCAGUGAUUAAUUCUAGGAAAUCUCACGGGCUAGCGGAUCGCGGGCAGAUUCAAAGAUCAAUGAAACAACAUUUUCGCCUCGCCGUUUUCAUCGUCGCAUUUGUCCCGGUGAUCGAUGUGAGUCGAUGGGUCUAUUUGUAUUCAUUGAUUGAUUAAUGAGGGUCUCUAUUCAUAAAUAAAUACAUUGAUUGAUUGAGUAAUUAAUUGAUUGAUCCGAUCGAUCUCCACGUGGCUUUAAUUUGCAACCGAACCUCCAACUCGCAUUUCACAUCCAUUGGGGUUUCAGAGUUGACUUUUAUAAAGUAAUUCUAUUAUUAUUUUAAAUAUAAAUAUUAUUAAUUGAUGAUGGGAACAAAUCGUAAAAAAAAAUCGUAAUUAGUUGUUCUGGAAAGCCUCACUUAAGUUUCAAGAAUCUCUUUCAGGAGGGUCCUGCUACGUUUGGCCAUGAAUUCCAACUACUUUUUUUAUUUUCUUUAAAUAAUGAUCGAGAGUUUGGAUUUUUGCGUGCGUGUGCCUUUCGUGUUGCUCUUUGGGGAGACAACCAAAAAAACCACCGGAGAAACCCCACGACCACGCUGUGUGUGUGUGUGUACGAUGGGAUAACGCCACUUAACACUCCCAUUCGCACGCGGGUUCGCAAAACCCACCGACUUGCUGUACCGCCACCCGUUAUGGUGAAUGAGGGAGAGAGAGAAAAAGCAUGUCCGGAUUGACCGGGUGGAACUUUGUUACAUCGCAUGAUCGUGAGAGGUGGUGGCGGUGGCUUAGGGGAGGCCUUCAUCCAGCAGUGGAUAUACCAUGACUGAUGAUGGCGAUUCUUUAUUGGAGAGAGUAAAUGUAUCUUACUCUGAACUGGAAGCCCUGUGACUUAUAGCGGAACAAAAACUUAACCGCCUUAUGUUAAACAUGAACAAUAACUAUAAUGCUGAUUGUGACGGUGUUAAUAUUACAAAUACAUGUUGAUGAUAUUCGUUUGAAUAAUGAUUAUAAUAAUGAUAUGCAUUUAUUUAUCCGAUGAGUCCUAUGCCGCGUAGUAAAGAGGACCCUGCACUGGGAUGUUUGGCCGAUGUCUGAACGAGUUUACGAGCCACCCAGAUCUGAUUCAAGUCAUCGUUUUUAUAGCCGGGCUGUCAACCGAUAGCCAAAGCGAUCGAUUGCUCUACCGAUCAUCGGUUUCGUUACUAGACUAUUCGGGUGGCAUGCAUAUAGGUUGGGGUGGGGGGUUUCCAGCCUUCACGAGGACAGGAUUUGGGGGUUGGUCACCAGCGCGACUAACCAACCGCCAAAAAACAUUCACUUUUAAUUGUGCAUCGAUUAAUUCUCAGAAUUGACUUAAUCGUACAGGGCUCUGCUCAUUAGCCAUUAAUGAAUCAGCUGCAUAGGUCCUGUAAUAUACACGAAUAUUUCGGGCAAUGGGCCUCCUUUAGGGCGGAGAGAGAAUCGACAGACAGGGAGACUGUGACUUGUUGAAAUUAUUUCAGGGGCUGCAUUUAUUUGGGAUUGUAACGUCUCAACAAACCAAUUACCCCGCCCCCCCCCCCCCCCCCCCACACUGUGAAAUGACUCCGUGGAUCUCUCUGCCAGCUCUGAAAAAAGGCCCACGCGCUGAAACGUCUUCUCGUCUCUUGUCACGUAAAAGUGCCUUCGGCCGUAGGGAAGACAAAGGUGGCCGUGUGUUUUUAGGUUCACAAUCUGGCUCAGUUGCAGCUCUUAGAAUUAAAAUUAUCCGGUUGACUGUCGUGCUACGAACAGCAGUGCUCUCAUGUAGCAGAGCGGGUGGGAACGUGUUGCCCUCUACUGUGUGCGUACAACAGAGUUGUCACUUGAAUAAAAAAGGGAUCUCAGAGGUAGCUCCGUGAUAGCCACUUCCGUGGGCCGUUUUGUGUGUGGACCAGAGUGCGUGACAUUUGAUAAAAGAUGGAGUCUCAGAGGUAGUUCUGUGAUAGUCACUUCCGUGGGCCGUUUUGUGUGUGGACCAGAGAGCGUGACACUUGAUAAAAGAAGGAAUCUCAGAUGUGGCUCUGUGAUAUCCGCGUCCGUGGACCGUUCUCUUCACACGGAGGGGUGGGGGGGGCGUCUCACUGCUCCGCUCGAUUUCCGAAUGGAUUCUUUUUUUUGUCAUUUCGCGACGCCGCCGCUAGCAACAACCGGGAUAAAACAAUUUAAGGGGGUGAAGGUGAGAGACACGUAAUAAAAAAGGGUUUUUUUUAUUAAUUGAUGCUGUAAGCAAAUGUCUUGAUGGCUUGAUUAGUAAGCCCGUUAUGCUUACCCACGCGGUGCACACUUCCAACUGCCUUUGGAUGGGUGAUAGUUACGUGAUCUUUGUAUUACAUUUUGCCAGUUGAUAAUCGUGAUGAUGAUGAUAAGGGUGAUUGUAAUUAUAAUCAUGAUGGUGAUGAUAUUAGUAAUGUAUUAACUAUUAACCAGUGCCUUCCUAUUUAACUCAGCAUGCGAGUCUCUUUUUGACCAUGGCGAUAAUUGCCACAAUUCUCCGGAUUAUAAGACGCUCCGGAAAGUAUAAACGCACCCACCAAAUGUUUGCUUUAAAAUACCGGGAGGUGCGGGGUGUGCUGUGCGGGGUGUGGUGUGAGGUGGGCCGCGGAGUUGGAAGGAUAAAUGCGUCUUAUAAUCCGGAGAAUGUGGCAGCGUCGUAAUUUAACGGGUGUGCAAAUGGUUGUCGUUGAGCGGGGAGCGGUGGCGCUGCGCUUAGAACCCCGCCUAAACCCGAGUUCAGUUCACGACCCGCGGCUGACAUCAGCGUGACCGGCGUGGUGAAGUAUGGUCUCACGAACCCCGUUGCGGGGGGUGAGCAGGCCUUAUCAUGCAGCAGUGGAUUGGUGAGAGGGCUCUGUAAACUGAAUAAUACUGCCCGUGGAUCAACCUUUAUUAUUGUUGUUGUUGCGAAAAAAAAAGUUAUUUUAUUGUAAUUGGCUGUGCCUUGGCAAAGAAACAAUGACAGUGGCGUCGCGAGCGUGGUUAUGUGCACUGAGCUAUGAGCAACAGACAUCACCCACCGCUCUCCCAAGCCUAUAACACCUGCGGACUCUUUAGCCUUGACUCGGCCCACUCCCCCCUAAAGAUGCUUGAACCCCCCUCCCUCCCCUUCCCUCUUGGGGUGGGGGGCAGGGGGGGGCGUUGCCUCCCUCCUACCCCACAAGUUGAAAUCCCCCACAUCCAGGUUGGGUGCAUUCGAGGAGUUGUGUGUGGUUGAGUGAGCCUCUCAAUGACGUUCGCGCACAGGGUUAAAAUCAAAUAAAAGGGCACAUCUUUAGUACCUGAAUUUUUAUAAAGCUGAUAAAUAAAUAUACUCGGGGGGGGGGGGGGGGGUGUGGGUUGGUAACCGCAGUGCGUAAUGGGUGUCACAGACUUGCCGCGUGACAACGUAGUGGGGUGGCGUUGUUGUACAGUAACUCUAUGCUCUCAUUCCCCACGUGCUCGCCACCACCCACAACUACCGGCGUGGUGAAGUAUGGUUGAGGAAGGACGGGGGGAGGGGGGGUGCGGGGAUAGGGGGGCGGUCUCUUUUAAAUAACUUUCUUUCAAGCGCCGCUGUGGUCUUGGCGUCACGCCGUGGAUUUGAAUCGUGAUUCACCGCAAGUUAUUUUUUUUAAUGAACUACAUACACCGUGAAAUGCCUUCCGUCGGUUAUAAAUUACAGAGCCUUAAAAUACAUUAACUACACUCAUUGACACAAACGGAAUCCAUCAUCUUCAUUCCACUGUUUUGUCAAUCGAUGAUGAUGCUGACGAUGAUAACGAUAAUGUAUGGGUUAACAUAAGAGGACAAUUAUUUUCUGUCGUUAAUUAUUGCCUUUUUUUAUUCGCUAUUAUUCCACAAAGCCUCAACACGUGACGUUUCCGUUCUCGGUCCUGUGAUUUACAAUGUUAUUAUUGCUAUUGUUAUCGAUUGUGGUUUCUCUUUUCUGGGCUCCCGGUUUGCGAAACACGUGGCCGCAUAUUUAAGAGAGUUGAAGGAGUCCGGUCCCUUGCAUUCGACAGCGGCACGCAACUGCGGAAUGCAUAGUUACGGGAGACGACAAUAAGUUGACAACUCAAGGCGGAGCCGCCAGCGUUACAACGUAUGAGCCCGUUCAUUCGUGUAACUGGGGGCCGCAGUCCGAUUACUUCUCGUUACUUAUCUUGUGGCUACCCACUGAAGUCAUCGGAUUAUGCUCCGAUUCACGCUUUACGAUCAACUAGACCCAAUCGGAUUUACACGAAUAUAACGGUCGUCAGAAAACAUAGCAUCGCCUCUUCCCUUACGUGUGUGUGUGUGGUGUGCCGCUGGACGGGAGGUGACAGGCAUCAUCAGCCGCGUCACGGGAAGUGGAGGUGGCGGGGGUUUCCCACCUUCAUCGGGGUGGGUACGGACAACAGGCUGUUGGUCAGAAUAAUGAACGACACAACAAGUUCGUCAUUAUGAUACUUUAAUCAAUCAGUGGACUUAUUAUUAUUAUUUGACUCAUUCCACCGGCCUAUUCAUCUAAUUGUAAACAGCCGACUUUGCUAAGAGAGAGAGAGAGAAACUCACAUGGUUACAUCUCUAUCAGAAAUUUGAGCUCAACUCUUAUUCUUUGUUAUUAUGUUUUAAUACUAUCAUUAUUAUGGAAUGCACAACCGCUAUUUAAAUUAUUUAUUACAAUGUUUUUUUUUUCUCUUGUUGUCGUUUAUUAUUGUUGCUGGUCGUUUAAGCAAAACAAAAAAUUACGUUCAUAUUUAUCGGGUGAUGUUGAAACGAUAGAUUUUCUAUGCUCUCAUUAUUAUUAAUUAUGAUUAGCGUGUUAAGUUAUGUGAUUGCGGUUGUUAAUGUUAUAGGAUGCGCAUGGGGGAGGUUCUAUCUUGUGAUAGGCUGCGCACGCUUGCGGGGGGGAUCGUAUUUCGCAUCAAUGUUUGACCCCCGUGACCCCCACGGGGGGAGGAGGAGCGGGGGGGAUGCGUGGAAUUUUUUCCUUGGAACACAACUGCUGCACCGUGGCUCAUGUAGAAUGAUGAUGAUGAUGUUUUACAACACAUACGAUUAAAAUGGAACAGACAAACAAAAGACGUGGCUUAAUUUAAAAUAACAAAAAAACACAAUAAAAAUUCAAAGGUAAACACACGAA